CCGGGGCGGGGGGAAGGGUGACAGUGUCAGUCGGGUAUGGAUCCCCGUCGUACCCUGACACCCAGUGUUUCCUAGCUUUUCUCAGCAUCCGAUUCGUGAUUAGGCUUCGGGGGUGGAGGCGACGGUGGUGGCGGUAGCAGUGGUAGUAGUAAUAAGGUGGUGCUAAGGAUGUAUCGGUAAAUGGAUCGAGCCAUGUCGAGUGAAGCACGAAGACUCAGUGGUGAUCAGGGGGUGGAAACGAGAGAAGUGUUUGAAGUGGAUUGGGAGAGCUUGGAAGAGGAGGAAUUAGCAUUUCCAGGAUUCGCCCCCGUCGUCCUACGGUGCUUCUCCCAGGAAACCAGACCACGCAACUGGUGUCUUCGCAUGAUCACCAAUCCGUGGUUCGAGAGAGUGAGUAUGACUGUGAUCCUCGUGAACUGUGUGACGUUGGGGAUGUAUCGGCCUUGCCUGGAUGAGAAAUGCGAGUCCCAGCUGUGUCAAUCCCUUCAGAUCGUGGACCAUUUGAUUUUCGUGUUCUUCGCCGUGGAGAUGGUGAUCAAAAUGAUCGCCAUGGGGAUGUGGGGUCGAGGAACGUAUCUCGCCGAUUCCUGGAACCGGCUCGACUGUUUCAUCGUUGUAGCCGGUGCUUUGGAGUACUGCUUAAACGUGGAGAACAUGAACCUGUCUGCAAUAAGGACGAUCCGGGUCCUCAGACCUCUUCGGGCCAUCAACAGAAUCCCAAGCAUGAGGAUCUUGGUCAUGUUGUUGUUGGACACUCUCCCCAUGUUGGGGAACGUCUUGCUCCUCUGCUUCUUCGUCUUCUUCAUUUUCGGCAUCGUUGGAGUCCAGUUGUGGAAGGGGAUUCUCAGACAACGAUGCUUCAUCCCCCAAAACUUCAACUGGAAUCCCAACAUCAACUGCUCUUCCCGCUUCGAUGCCGAGCCCAUUCCGACGUAUUACUACCGAGGGAUGCGAGAUUUCAUCGAGAAAGAUUACAUCUGUUCCACGCCGAAAUACAGCGGGAUGCACACCUGCGACCACCUUCCCUUAUACCGAUCGUCGAACGGAACGGAAUGCAAUGCCACGCUGGACGAAUGCUCCAGCUGUGUCAAUUUCAAUUAUUACUACACGGAUUGUCGACCCGGAGCGAAGAAUCCUUUCCAGGGGGCCAUCUCAUUCGAUAACAUCGGACUUGCUUGGGUCGCCAUCUUUCUGGUAAUCUCUUUGGAGGCUUGGACCGACAUAAUGUACUACGUCCAAGAUGCCCAUUCGUUCUGGGUCUGGAUCUAUUUUGUCCUUCUCAUAGUGAUUGGGUCCUUUUUCAUGCUCAACCUCUGCCUGGUCGUGAUCGCGACCCAAUUCUCCGAGACUAAGAAGCGGGAGAUGGAGAAGAUGAAAUUGGAGAGAGCCCGAUUCCAUUCCACGAGCACUCUGGCAUCUGGUUCCUUCUCCGAAUCCGCCUCGUGUUACACUCAGAUCCUCAAAUACAUCGCCCAUCUUUAUCGACGGACGAAACGCCGUUUCUGGCGGAAAUACAAGCGGUGGCGUCGGAACCGAGAGAACCGCGGGAUCGCCUUGCAUCGCAAGCGGGCUAGGAGAAGACCUGCGGGACAAAAAGGGAAACCGCGGGAGGAGGAGGAGGAAGAAGAGGGAGCAGCAUUGACAGGGUUGUGUGAUCUCCCGCUGGGGGCACCGCGGGCCAGCCCCGAAGUUUCCGACAUUGACCUGCUGGCCAGUCCGCGGAGGCCGAUCCUCGUCCGCGUCCCGUCGGUCAACAGCCCUUCACCGCACAGCGGGCGACGUCGGAGCAGUGUCAUGUUCUGUGAUAUGGUCACUCUGCACAGCGAGGGUCAUCGGACCGUCAGCAGUGCCCACUUAUCCCAUGAAAGCGUGAUAGAAGAACCCGAGAACGUGGUCGAAUACGAACCAUCGAAGCCUCCACAACAACAACAGCAGCCAAAACAACGUCAGCAACAACCUUCAGGAGUGUCUUCCAAAGGUUCAAAUACAUCCCGAAGCAGUUCAAUCGGGAAGAUGACGUGUCGUGAAUUGAUAGCAUUGACAGGCGCGAUGGCUGCAUUGCCGGCGGGGGCGGGGAGCCUGCCCAUGAGUGUGUAUGCCGGGCUGGCCCGUGGCCCCGGGCAGCGACAUUUCUCCGCUCCAACUCUAGCCUUUUUCCCCGUCCAUCCCGAAUCAGAUGAUUCCGAGGAAUGGAGCAGUGGGGAAUACGAUGACGCUGAUGACGUGUCGGAACGUGAAUGGCCUUCGAAGAAACGUCCAUCUCGGUUCCGCGUGUUCAGUCGGUGUUGGACGACAUUCCGGAAAUAUGUGAAGAUGGUCGUGGAACAUCCAUACUUCAAUCGUAGCAUCUUGUUCGCCAUCUUGAUCAAUACCCUGAGCAUGGGAGUGGAAUAUCAUGAACAGGCCAGAUUCAUUGUUGUCUUCUUUCUUGCACAGCCCAAGGAGCUGACAGUUGCGGUGGAGAUGAGUAAUCUCGUAUUUUCCUGCAUCUUUGCCUUGGAAAUGCUCCUGAAGCUCAUCGCCUUCGGUAUCUUUGGUUACUUGUCGGAUGGAUUCAACGUCUUCGACGGUGCCAUCGUCAUUCUCAGCUUGGUGGAGUUGUGGCAGAGCGGUGAUGGGGUGAGGCAGGAUGGGAGUGGGGGAGGAUCCGGGUUGUCAGUACUAAGAACGUUCCGGCUCUUAAGGAUCCUCAAAUUGGUUCGCUUCCUACCGAACCUCCGGCGGCAGCUCUUCGUCAUGCUCAGGACCAUGGAUAACGUUGCUGUCUUCUUCGCACUUCUCAUCCUUUUCAUCUUUAUCUUCAGCGUAUUGGGCAUGUACUUGUUUGGGGGUAAGUUCUGCGUGCAUGCGGAGACAGAGGAGGAGUGCAAGUGUUCCGAGAUCCACGCCCCCAAUUCCCCAUGUGUUUGUGACCGCAAAAACUUCAACACUUUCCUCUGGGCCACGGUCACCGUCUUCAUGAUCUUGACGCAGGAGGAUUGGAACAUUGUUUUAUUCAACGCGAUGGAGAAGACGAGUCACUGGGCAGCCCUUUAUUUCGUGGCCUUGAUGACCUUUGGCAACUACGUUCUCUUCAAUCUCCUUGUCGCCAUCUUGGUCGAAGGCUUCUCCUCCGAGAAAGAGAACAGAGAAGCGAGAAGAGGAGAAGGGAUGACGAAGAUCGAGGAUGGAGAAGCGGAAGAGAAGGAUGAAGCUGAAGCAGAAGAUGAAGUUGAAGAAGAAAAUACGAAAGUAGCAGUUACUGAAACCAGUGGACUCAGUCCCUCGUUUCUCGAGCUGUUCAAGGGAGCCUUCUAUCACUGCCAAGGGCCGAACAUAACCGGUGUGAGGGGGUUAAAGGUGAAAUAUGAUGAGGGUGAUGAAGGAGGCUGUCUCUCCUCGCCGCAUCUGUUUUCCCUCAUUGACUUCUUGUAUCCAAAGCAGAGAUACGGAUAUCGCCUGCAUUAUCUGUGA